AUGGCCGAGCUAGAACGGCAAGCUUCACUCUCUGAGUCACCUCCGGAGCCGGAUCAAGUUGCUGAGGCAGAACCUACGCGUCGCUCAAUCACCUCAUCCGCAUUGACGUCUUUACUACCAAUAGCUGCAGCAUCGGGCAUCGUUCGCCCCAACUACGACACACCGAAGAUUUCAUUCUUCUCGCCGUCCGGCAAUCUCAUCCAGCCAGAGGGCAGUUCGACGCCAGGCACUACGAGCGCUUCGGACUUCAGCGGCUCACCCACUGCAACCACAUCGUACUACGAUAACAAAACCACACCUGCAACCUAUCCUCGAUCAUUCGCCGAGGACCUCAAAUAUGAGGCGAGGUUCCACAGAGCCCGAUUGAUCACGGCCAUCAUCGCAAGUUGCACCUCGUCUGGAAAAGGAAGGGUCCUUCGCAAGCGAAAGGCUGCGAACCGUAGAGCCGCAGCAACCGCAUACGUUAGCAUGCCCCGAAGCUGCGCAGGUGAGGCUACAGCCAGACCUAGUAAGAAACGAGUACACCCCCGUCAACCCACAGCUCGGCGCGAAGUAGGGGUCCUCGGACCGCUUGCCGGGCACAUACUGCGGAUUUGCUUCUGCCAGCCAUACGACGGUGCAGGCAAGACGACGGCCAGCGGCGCUACCAACAAGACGUGCAUUGGCAAGAGCAGCAACCACACAGCAAACACGCAGAGCUUAUCGAAGAAGGAAAGCCCUCGCUCCAACGCGAACGACAUCGACGUGGAUGCAGCCUUACCCAACGCGCGGGUCGUGACCGGAACCGAACGGAAGGUCAGCAACACCGUACGCCAGCGCACCACGGUCCGCAAGGAGAAGAGACACUCGUCCACCGGCUCGAAUCACCACUCCAGAACGCGCAGUGACAGUGCCGUCAGCGUGGGUGUGGCACCCAGCACCGCUACCGCGCGUGGCUAA